AUGUUUUCUUCUUCCAAUCUUCUGCGCCGACAUCAAGCUCGCAGACACUCGUUUCGAGUUCCGGAUCUUCCAUCGAUCCCCUCUGACAGCAGCGAAGAUUCGGACAACUCCAGAUCGCAUUCAACGUGCACUUCCCCGCCCGGGCCUUCCCAUAAAGUUACACGAGAUUUAUGCACAAGCAAGCCACUCCGUGCAACUCCCAAUGGGGAGGUUUCGGAAUUCUUGCUCUCUCUUGCCGCUCAAUCCGCACAUAUCCAGUUGAAGGAGCAAGCGUUGGCUGCCUUUCCCAACGAGCAAGUCUACGAGCCUGUUGAUCAUUUCGCCAUCGAGGAAGAUAGUGGAGAUUCCGGCGAUUGUCAUAUGCCUAAUUAUGAUCAUGUCAAGUCCCGACGACAAUCUUCGGCGGAUCUGUCUUGGGAACUGGACUACAUGCGCCACCACAAGGAGGAGGCUGAAAUGAGGAUCCGGGCUAUGGCUGCAUCUGGAAAACGAAAAUCUUCAUCACAACUCAAUAAGAAUGGCAAGAGCCCGCCCAUGCUUGGCAGGGACAUCGUCCUUCCUCGAUGCGCCUCACCCGAGGGAACAAUAUGUGACCACUUUAGCCUCGAUGCGAUUUCUCGUGUACAUGAUCUUUGUGCUGGCUGUGGUGACUUAUGGUACGCAUCGCCUCCUCGGGACGGCGGAAAGGGUUCUGGUCUUUGGAUGGGUACUUGUUGCAAAGACGAGGGCCAAGAGCGGGAGGGGCACGGUCUGUUCCCCGGAAUUGUGACCCCCAUGCCUCGUAUCGAUGAGUCUGGCAUUAGCAUGGGACUCAGCCCAUCUCCUUCACAUACACAUCUGAAUCAUCUCGCAACCUCGCCCAGAAAUCAGAGUCCCUGGAAGCCCACGAGUCCUAAUCUCCAGAAAGUCAUCGAGUCCGAAUUUCAUGAUGGAUUUGUGACUCAAAUUUAUAAUUACUUGUCUCUGGGUUACCCUUGUCUUGCGCGUUAUUAUGAUUACGAACUCAGCAAAAUCUCGGGUAUUCCCGUCGAGGCUCUUCGUCGGGACGACUUGAAAACUGAUGCUAAAGGCUAUGUUGCAGCCCCAGACAAGGAUGAUCUUGCGAAUGCCUGUGCACGAUGGAAAGCGCUCCGUCUAUACAUCCGGGAAUGGGCGAGGCAGGAGCCUGGUAUGACUGGAGAAGAUCCCAAUCCUGAAGGCUGGGGAAUGCCAGAACGAAAGGGCAGCUGGGCUAUUUGA